GCAGGCGGGGGUUUGCUUUUUUCCUUCGUCCGGCUGUGGUGGCGGGAGGCGUAGGAACGCGUCGUGCAGAGAGCGUUCCCGGGGGUGGUGCAAGCGGCAUCAACCCAAGUGCAUCCUCCCCUCUCCAUCACUCGGAGAGGCUGGGAAGGAAGAGGAGCUGCUUGUCUUCGCCUCUCUCGGAAUCCAGAAGUACCCCCUUUUUCAUUUUCUUCUUUCCCUUCUGUCGGCGCCCCCACCCUCCCCCGGCUUCUUUCUUCCCUAUGCAUCGUUCUUGGAACCUUUGAUGCUCGCUGCGAUUACCUUGGCUUGUUUUUAACCUAGUGCAGAAGAAGCGGGCUGCUGCUGCUGAUCAACAACCCCCCCGUCCCCCAGUUAUUCUUUUUUUUUUUCCUGCAUGCAAUCUUUCUUUCUCGCUUAAGAAGGGCUGAACCCCCUCCUCUCCCCUCCCCAGCCUUUGCCGCUGCUGGGUUUGCUCAUCUCCUGGGCUGGGAGGGAGAGAGGAGGAGGGAGAGGGGCUUUUUCGUGGCCGUCGCCCCCUCCCACCCCCGGCUCUGCUUCAGUGGAUGGUGAAAGAAUUGAAGACCCUCGGAAGGAGAGAGUGAAGAAGAGGAGGUGGGGACGGUGAGCAGCUACGAAGAAGAAACAGCAGCUGCAACCGUGCGUCUUUCGUGGACUAUCUGGCAACCUGGUUUUAUUUUUUUUAAAAAAUAUAUUUUUGCACAAACAUGCUGCCCCACAGAGUAGAAGUGGGGCUGUGGCUGCUUUUACUAGGAAUUUUGCACAUGCUAAUAGGGAUCGCCCCUGUUUUUACCCUUGAAGUAGAAGACUCAAUCAAAGUGAAACCUCCCAAUUCCCCUCGUGCGGAGUGGGUGCUGCAGCCUAGACCUACACCGCCCAAAGGGAGAGACCCGAACGUUUGGAACCGGCUGAAGGACCAGUAUUUUGCACCGAAGACAUGUAGCCCCAAACAAUUUGCAUGUAAAGAUCAGAUCACAUGUAUAUCCAAGGGAUGGAGAUGUGACGGAGAGAAGGACUGUCCAGAUAGCUCUGAUGAAUCACCAGAUAUAUGUCCACAUAGCAAGGUGUCAAGGUGCCAUCCAAAUGAGUACAACUGCCUGGGGACUGAACUUUGCAUUCCCAUGACCAAGCUUUGCAAUGGCGAACGUGACUGCAUAGAUGGUGCAGAUGAAGGCCCACACUGUAGAGAGCUCCUGGCAAAUUGUUCAAGUAUGGGCUGCCAACACCAUUGUGUCCCAACUCUGGAUGGACCAGUAUGCUAUUGUAACAGUUCCUCCCAGGUAGAUGAAGAUGGGAAAAGUUGCAAAGAUUUUGAUGAGUGUUCUAUUUACGGUACCUGUAGCCAAACCUGCACUAACCAUGAUGGCUCCUACACGUGCAGUUGCGUUGAGGGAUAUCUGCUCCAGCCUGAUCACAAAUCUUGCAAAGCCAAGAAUGAACCAGUAGAACGACCACCCAUCCUACUCAUUGCCAAUUCUCAGAACAUCAUGGCUACCUACCUGAAUGGUGGGUCUGUCUCUAACAUCAGCCCAACUAGCACCAAGCAAACAACUGCCAUGGAUUUCAACUACGUAGAAGACACAGUCUGCUGGGUUCAUGUUGGUGACAGUUCCCCCCAGACGGUUCUCAAAUGUGCCAAAAUCCCUAAUCUCAAAGGGUUUAUUGAGGAAUGGACUAUCAACAUCUCUCUCAACUUGCAUCAUGUGGAGCAAAUGGCUAUCGACUGGCUUACUGGCAACUUCUACUUUGUGGAUGACAUUGAUGACCGGAUAUUUGUCUGCAACAAGAGCGGGGUCACCUGUGUUACGCUGCUUGACUCAGAACUCUACAAUCCUAAAGGCAUAGCACUGGAUCCAACAAUGGGGAAACUGUUCUUCACUGACUACGGACAGAUACCAAAGGUGGAACGCUGUGACAUGGAUGGGCAGAAUCGUACAAAGCUGGUCGACACCAAAAUUGUCUUCCCCCAUGGAAUCACCUUGGACUUGGUCAGUCGGCUUGUUUAUUGGGCUGAUGCUUACCUCGACUACAUUGAAGUGGUGGACUAUGAAGGAAAAAAUCGCCACACAAUCAUCCAGGGUAUUUUGAUAGAGCAUCUCUAUGGCUUGACUGUUUUUGAGAACUACCUGUAUGCCACCAAUUCUGACAACGCCAACACUCAGCAGAAAACUAGCGUCAUCCGGGUCAAUCGUUUUAACAGUAGUGACUUCCAAGUGGUAACACGGGUGGAUAAAGGUGGAGCUCUACAUGUCUAUCACCAGCGACGGCAACCCAAAGUGAGGAGUCAUGGCUGUGAAGUGGACCAGUUUGGAAAACCAGGUGGCUGUUCUGACAUCUGUCUCCUUGGAAACAGUCACAAGACGAGGACCUGCCGGUGCCGUUCAGGAUUCAGCCUUGGCAGUGAUGGGAAGUCCUGCAAAAAGCCAGAACAUGAGCUUUUCCUUGUCUAUGGCAAAGGUCGGCCAGGCAUCAUUCGUGGAAUGGACAUGGGAGCCAAAGUGCCUGAUGAACACAUGAUCCCCAUUGAAAACUUGAUGAACCCCAGAGCCCUUGAUUUCCAUGCAGAGACCGGCUUCAUUUACUUUGCUGACACUACCAGCUACCUGAUUGGACGGCAGAAAAUUGAUGGAACAGAUAGGGAAACAAUUCUGAAAGACGGCAUUCAUAAUGUAGAAGGCAUUGCUGUGGACUGGAUGGGGAACAAUCUCUACUGGACUGAUGAUGGACCCAAGAAAACCAUCAGCGUUGCCAGGCUAGAAAAAGCUGCCCAGACCAGGAAGACACUCAUUGAAGAAAGGAUGAUUCACCCGCGAGCCAUUGUGGUGGAUCCCUUGAAUGGAUGGAUGUACUGGACAGAUUGGGAAGAAGACCCAAAGGACAGUAAAAGAGGAAAGAUAGAAAAGGCUUGGAUGGAUGGCACCAACCGCAGUGUCUUCAUCACCUCCAAGACUGUGCUGUGGCCCAAUGGGCUGAGCCUGGACAUUCCCUCUAAGAUGUUGUACUGGGUUGAUGCUUACUAUGACCGGAUUGAGACGGUCAUGCUGGAUGGCACAGAACGCAAGGUUGUUUAUGAUGGAAGUGAAUUGAGUCAUGCCUUUGGAUUGUGCCACUAUGACCAUUUCCUCUUCUGGACAGAGUACCGAAGUGGUAGCAUCUUUCGUUUGGACCAGAAAACCAAGGCUGUGACGCUAUUGCGCAAUGAACGACCACCGCUUUUUGAGAUUCGCAUGUACGAUGCUCAGCAACAGCAAGUUGGCUCUAACAGUUGCCGGGUGAACAAUGGAGGCUGCAGUAGUCUUUGCUUGGCUGUCCCAAAUGGCAGACGUUGUGCCUGUGCAGAAGACCAGAUUUUGGGACCAGAUUCUGUCACUUGCCAAGCCAAUCCAUCUUACGUUCCACCUCCACAGUGCCAACCUGGGGAAUUUGCUUGCAAGAACAGUCGAUGUAUACAGGAGCGAUGGAAAUGUGAUGGAGACAAUGACUGCCUGGACAACAGUGAUGAGGCACCCGAACUCUGCCAUCAGCACACAUGCCCUUCGGACCGCUUCAAAUGUGAGAACAAUCGUUGCAUCCCCAACCGCUGGCUGUGUGAUGGGGAUAAUGAUUGCGGCAACAAUGAAGAUGAAUCUAAUUCCACAUGCUCUGCUCGCACGUGUCCCACCAACCAAUUCUCCUGUGCCAGUGGCCGUUGCAUCCCUAUCUCUUGGACCUGUGACUUGGAUGAUGAUUGCGGGGAUCGCUCUGAUGAAUCAGCCUCAUGUGCCUAUCCAACGUGCUUCCCUCUGACCCAGUUUACUUGCCACAAUGGCCGCUGCAUCAACAUCAAUUGGAGAUGUGACAACGACAACGACUGUGGGGACAACAGUGAUGAAGCUGGCUGCAGCCAUUCUUGCUCCAGCAACCAGUUCAAAUGCAACAGCGGGCGCUGCAUUCCUGUCCAUUGGACCUGCGAUGGGGACAAUGACUGCGGGGACUACAGUGAUGAGACUCAUGCCAACUGCACCAAUCUGGCUACCCGCCCGCCUGGAGGCUGCCAUACAGAUGAGUUCCAAUGCCGACUGGAUGCCCUCUGCAUUCCCAUGCGCUGGCACUGCGAUGGCGACACUGACUGCAUGGACUCUAGUGAUGAGAAGAACUGUGAGGGUGUCACUCAUGUCUGUGAUCCAAAUGUGAAGUUUGGCUGCAAGGAUUCUGCACGGUGUAUCAGCAAAGCUUGGGUAUGCGAUGGAGACAAUGAUUGUGAGGACAAUUCUGAUGAAGAGAAUUGUGAGUCUUUGGUGUGCAAGCCACCCUCCCACACAUGUGCCAAUACAACAUCUAUCUGCCUCCCUCCUGAGAAACUGUGUGAUGGAAAUGAUGACUGCGGGGAUGGGUCUGAUGAAGGGCAACUGUGUGAUCUUUGCUCUCUGAGCAACGGGGGCUGCAGCCACAACUGUACAGUAGCACCAGGUGAGGGCAUUGCCUGCUCGUGCCCCCUAGGAAUGGAGCUUGGUGCCGAUAACAAGACCUGCCAGAUCCAGAGCUACUGUGCCAAGCGCCUCAAGUGUAGUCAAAAGUGUGAGCAGUUCAAGUACAACGUGAAGUGCUCUUGCUAUGAAGGAUGGAUGCUGGAGUCCGAUGGUGAGAGCUGCCGCAGUUUGGACCCGUUUAAGCCUUUCAUCAUCUUCUCCAAUCGCCAUGAGAUCCGGCGUAUUGACUUACACAAGGGAGAUUACAGCGUCUUAGUGCCUGGCUUGAGAAACACCAUUGCCUUGGACUUUCAUCUGAAUCAGAGCUCCCUCUAUUGGACUGAUGUGGUAGAAGACAAGAUAUACCGGGGAAAAUUGCAUGAAAACGGAGCCCUAACCAGCUUUGAGGUGGUGAUACAAUAUGGGCUCGCUACUCCUGAAGGACUUGCUGUGGACUGGAUUGCUGGCAACAUCUAUUGGGUGGAGAGCAACCUGGACCAAAUUGAGGUGGCUAAGCUAGACGGAACAAUGAGGAGCACGUUACUGGCUGGGGAUAUCGAGCACCCUCGUGCCAUCGCCUUAGAUCCACGAUGCGGGAUUCUCUUCUGGACAGACUGGGAUGCCAGCCUGCCUCGCAUUGAGGCAGCUUCCAUGAGCGGCCAAGGCCGACGUGUCAUUCACAAGGAAACAGGCUCAGGUGGCUGGCCAAAUGGACUCACAGUGGACUACCUGGAAAAGCGUAUACUGUGGAUUGAUGCCAGGUCAGAUGCGAUCUAUUCUGCCCUCUAUGAUGGCACAGGCCACAUUGAGGUGCUGCGAGGACACGAGUAUCUGUCACAUCCCUUUGCCGUCACCUUGUACGGUGGCGAGGUGUACUGGACUGACUGGCGGACAAAUACCUUGGCCAAGGCUAACAAGUGGACAGGCCACAACGUCACGGUCGUGCAGCGGACCAACACACAGCCCUUUGAUUUGCAGGUCUAUCACCCCUCUCGCCAGCCUGUAGCUCCCAAUCCUUGUGAGGCCAAUGGAGGAAAAGGCCACUGUUCCCACCUCUGCCUCAUCAACUACAAUGGCACUUACUCCUGUGCUUGCCCCCACCUGAUGAAGCUGGAUAAGGACAAUGCCACCUGCUAUGAAUUUAAGAAGUUCUUGCUUUAUGCACGCCAGAUGGAAAUCCGAGGUGUGGACAUAGACAACCCUUAUUACAAUUACAUUAACUCCUUCACGGUGCCUGACAUUGACAAUGUGACUGUGGUUGACUAUGAUGCUCUGGAACAACGUAUCUACUGGUCAGAUGUCCGCACACAAACCAUCAAGCGGGCAUUCAUCAAUGGAACAGGCGUUGAAACGGUUGUUUCUGCAGAUUUACCCAAUGCUCAUGGCUUGGCUGUGGAUUGGGUCUCUAGAAACCUUUUCUGGACCAGCUAUGAUGCCAACAAGAAACAGAUUAAUGUUGCCCGGCUAGAUGGCUCCUUUAAGAAUGCUGUGAUUCAGGGACUGGACAAACCUCAUUGCUUAGUGGUUCAUCCUCUCAAAGGGAAACUCUACUGGACAGAUGGAGACAGCAUCAAUGUCGCCAACAUGGAUGGAAGCAACCACAGCCUUCUCUUCACAAACCAAAAAGGGCCUGUUGGGCUCUCCAUUGACUACAAAGAAAACAAGCUGUACUGGAUAAGCUCUGGCAAUGGCACCAUCAAUAGAUGCAAUUUCAAUGGCAGUGGUCUGGAGGUGUUGGAGACUAUGAAGAACCAGCUACGCAAAGCCACAGCGUUGGCUAUAAUGGAUGAUAAGUUGUGGUGGGCUGACCAGGCCUCUGAAAAAAUGGGUACCUGCAACAAGAAAGAUGGAUCGGAGGCAGUCGUGUUGCGCAACAGCACCACUCUUGUAAUGCACAUGAAAAUCUAUGAUGAGAUCAUCCAGCAACAGGGUGUCAACCCUUGCAGUGUGAACAACGGUGAAUGCUCACAACUCUGCCUUCCUACAUCAGACACUACUCGUUCCUGCAUGUGUACAGCUGGCUACAGCCUGAAGAUUGGGCAGCAGUCCUGCGAAGGUGUUGGCUCUUUCCUCCUCUACUCGGUACAUGAGGGCAUCCGUGGCAUCCCAUUGGAUCCCAAUGACAAGUCUGAUGCACUGGUGCCAGUCUCUGGGACUUCACUGGCUGUCGGCAUUGAUUUCCAUGCUGACAAUGACACAAUCUACUGGGUGGACAUGGGUAUGAGCACAAUCAGUCGAGCCAAACGGGACCAGACCUGGCGAGAGGAUGUUGUGACCAAUGGCAUUGGCCGAGUGGAAGGGAUUGCCGUGGACUGGAUUGCAGGAAACAUCUAUUGGACAGACCAGGGCUUUGAUGUCAUUGAAGUCGCCAGGCUCAAUGGUUCAUUCCGCUAUGUAGUGAUUUCACAAGGAUUGGAUAAACCACGUGCCAUUACAGUACACCCAGAGAAAGGAUACCUUUUUUGGACAGAGUGGGGCCAAUAUCCUCGCAUUGAACGUUCUCGGCUAGAUGGAACAGAGCGCGUGGUCCUCAUCAACACCAGCAUCAGCUGGCCCAAUGGGAUUUCUGUUGAUUAUGAAGAUGGGAAACUUUACUGGUGUGAUGCCCGGACAGAUAAGAUUGAACGCAUCGACCUAGAGACCGGUGAUAAGAGGGAGAUUGUCCUAUCCAGUAACAACAUGGAUAUGUUCUCAGUAUCUGUCUUUGAGGAUUACGUCUACUGGAGUGACAGGACUCAUGCAAAUGGAUCCAUUAAGAGGGGCAGCAAGGACAAUGCAUCAGAAAUUGUGUCUCUACGCACAGGAAUAGGAGUGCAGCUGAAGGACAUCAAGGUGUUCAACAGAGCCAGGCAAAAGGGUACCAAUGUGUGCGCGCUGAAUAAUGGCGACUGUCAGCAAUUGUGUCUGUAUCGAGGAGGAGGUCAGCGGACCUGUGCCUGUGCCCACGGAAUGCUCUCUGAGGAUGGUGUAACCUGCCGUGACUAUGAUGGGUACCUGCUCUAUUCAGAACGGACCAUUCUCAAAAGUAUCCACUUAUCCGAUGAGAACAAUCUCAAUGCACCCAUUAAGCCGUUUGAAGACAGCGAGCACAUGAAAAACGUCAUUGCCUUGGCUUUUGAUUACCGCUAUAGCAGCAAGGGCAGCAACCGCAUCUUCUACAGUGACAUUCACUUUGGCAACAUCCAGCAAAUCAAUGAUGAUGGAACUGGGCGAAGGACUAUAGUUGAAAAUGUUGGUUCUGUUGAGGGAUUGGCUUAUCACCGAGGCUGGGACGCCUUAUACUGGACAAGCUACACUACUUCUACCAUCACACGGCAUACUGUGAACCAGACACGUGUGGGAGCUUUUGAAAGAGAAACGGUGAUCACUAUGUCCGGAGAUGACCACCCUCGAGCCUUCGUACUGGAUGAAUGCCAGAACCUGAUGUUCUGGACCAACUGGAAUGAACAACAUCCCAGCAUCAUGCGAGCUACGCUGACAGGGGCCAACAUGAUCACCAUCAUUGACAAAGACAUCCGCACACCCAACGGUCUGGCCAUUGACCACAAGGCAGAGAAAAUCUACUUUUCUGAUGCCACCCUGGACAAGAUAGAGCGAUGUGAAUAUGAUGGCUCCAAACGAUAUGUGAUCUUGAAAGCAGAGCCAGUGCACCCCUUCGGCUUGGCUGUCUAUGGUGACAAUAUCUUCUGGACAGACUGGGUGCGUCGUGCUGUGCAGCGUGCCAACAAAUAUGUGGGCUCUGGCAUGAAACACCUACGCACUGACAUCCCCCAGCAACCUAUGGGAAUCAUUGCCGUGGCCAAUGACACCAACAGCUGUGAGCUAUCUCUGUGCAGACUAAACAAUGGUGGUUGCCAGGAUCUGUGCCUCCUCUCAGCCAAUGGAGAAGUGACAUGCUCUUGCCGGGGAGGCAGAACUCUUCAGGAGGACCUUACCUGCAGAGCUUCCAACUCCACCUGUAAUGUACACAAUGAGUUUGAAUGUGGAAAUGGCGAUUGCAUUGACUUCAGUGAAACCUGCGAUCGUGUGGCCCACUGCAAAGACAGAUCAGAUGAAAAGCCAUCCUACUGCAACAGCCGCAAGUGUAAGAAGGGCUACUUGCACUGUGCCAACAAACGGUGUAUACCCAUCAAGGACUGGUGCAAUGGUGUGGAUGACUGUGGGGACAACUCAGAUGAAGUGCCUUGCAACAAGACAAGCUGUGCUCCUGCUGAAUUCCGCUGCCGGGAUGGGACAUGUAUUAGCAAUUCCAGCCGCUGCAACCAACAGAUUGACUGUGAAGAUGCUUCUGACGAAAUGAACUGCACUGCCACUGACUGUAGCAGCUUUUUCAGAUUGGGAGUGAAAAAUGUCAAUUUUCAGAAAUGUGAGCAUACAUCGAUGUGUUAUGCUCCAUCCUGGGUAUGUGAUGGCAGCAAUGACUGUGGCGACUAUUCAGAUGAGCAGGAUUGUCCAGGCACAAGAAAAUCUAAGUGCCCAGCUAACUACUUUGCCUGUCCAAGUGGGAGAUGUAUUCCCAUGACCUGGACUUGUGAUAAAGAGAAUGACUGUGAGAAUGGAGAGGAUGAAACCCACUGCAAUAAGUUCUGCUUCCCAGUGAAGUUUGAAUGCAAUAAUCAUCGGUGCAUCUCUAAACAGUGGGUGUGCGAUGGUGCAGAUGACUGUGGUGAUGGCUCUGAUGAAGACCACCGUUGCCAUCAUACUACUUGUGCUGCAGGAACCUUCCAGUGCCCAAACACCUACCUGUGUGUCCCACAACGCUGGCUAUGUGAUGGAGAUAGAGAUUGUCCUGACGGGGCUGAUGAAACCGUGGCUGCUGGAUGCUUAUAUAACAACACUUGUGACGAACGAGAGUUUAUGUGCAACAACCGGCAGUGUAUCCCAAAACAUUUUGUGUGUGAUCACGAUGAUGACUGUGGUGAUGGUUCUGAUGAAUCCCCUGAUUGUGAGUACCCCACUUGUAGUGCCAACGAGUUCCGUUGUGCUAAUGGCCGGUGUUUGAGCAACAAACUCUGGGAGUGUGAUGGCGAGUUUGACUGCCAUGACCAAUCUGACGAAGCCCCCAAGAAUCCAAGAUGUUCUAGCCCUGAGAGCAAGUGCAAUGAUACCUUUUAUCUCUGCCACAAUGAGCAGUGCAUCUCCAAUAAUUUGCUUUGUGACAACAACGAUGACUGUGGUGAUGGCUCUGAUGAGCUGAACUGUUUCAUCAAUGAGUGCCUGAACAAGAAGCAGACUGGCUGCUCCCAGGAGUGUGAGGACCUCAAAAUCGGCUACAAGUGCAGAUGCCGCCCUGGGUUCCAGCUGAAGUAUGAUGGCAAGACUUGCAUUGAUGUUGACGAGUGCACAACCACCUUCCCCUGCAGCCAGACCUGCAUCAACACCCAUGGAAGCUUUAAGUGCAUGUGUGCAGAUGGCUACAUUCUGAAGCCUGAUGAUCCAACCAGCUGCAAAGCUGUCACAGAUGAUGAACCUUUCUUGAUUUUUGCCAAUCGAUACUACCUAAGAAAGCUUAGUCUGGAUGGCUCCAACUAUACACUGCUUAAACAGGGGCUGAACAACGCUGUAGCUUUGGACUUUGACUACCGGGAACAAAUGAUCUACUGGACUGAUGUCACCACACAGGGCAGUAUGAUUCGCCGCAUGAACAUUAAUGGCAGCAAUGUACAGGUCCUACACCGCACUGGGCUAAGCAAUCCCGAUGGACUGGCUGUGGACUGGGUGGGUGGAAACCUGUACUGGUGUGACAAGGGAAGGGAUACUAUCGAAGUGUCAAAGCUCAACGGGGCUUACCGCACCGUGUUGGUGAACUCAGGACUCCGGGAGCCUCGAGCAUUAGUGGUGGAUGUACAGAAUGGAUAUUUAUACUGGACUGACUGGGGUGACCAUUCCCUGAUUGGCAAGAUAGGCAUGGAUGGUACCAACCGGAGUGUCAUUGUGGAGACUAAGAUCACAUGGCCCAAUGGCCUCACCCUGGACUACAUUAACAGCCGCAUCUAUUGGGCCGACGCACGAGAGGACUACAUUGAAUUUGCUAGCUUGGAUGGUUCUAACCGCCACAUUGUGCUGAACCAAGAUAUCCCCCACAUCUUUGCCUUAACCCUCUUUGAAGAUUACAUUUAUUGGACUGAUUGGGAGACCAAAUCCAUCAACCGAGCCCACAAAACCACUGGGGCCAACAAGUCUGUGCUGAUCAGCACUCUGCAUCGGCCCAUGGAUAUCCACAUCUACCACCCUUACAGGCAGCCAGAUGUUCCUAACCAUCCUUGCAAAAUCAACAAUGGCGGCUGCAGCAACUUGUGCCUGCUGUCACCAGGAGGGACCUUCAAGUGUGCAUGCCCCACCAACUUCUAUCUGGGCGCUGAUGGUAGAACCUGCAUCUCCAAUUGUACUGCCAGUCAGUUUGUCUGCAAGAAUGACAAAUGCAUCCCUUUCUGGUGGAAAUGUGACACCGAGGAUGAUUGUGGGGAUCGUUCAGAUGAACCAGAGGAUUGCCCUGAAUUCAAGUGUCGCCCAGGGCAAUUCCAGUGCUCUACAGGAAUCUGCACCAACCCAGCCUUCAUUUGCGAUGGGGACAAUGACUGUCAGGACAACUCGGAUGAAGCAAACUGUGAAGUCCAUGUCUGCCUGCCCAGCCAGUUCAAAUGCACAAACACCAAUCGCUGCAUCCCAGGCAUCUUCCGUUGCAAUGGGCAGGACAACUGUGGUGACGGAGAGGAUGAGAAGGAUUGUCCGGAAGUGACUUGUGCUCCAAACCAGUUCCAGUGUGCCAUUACCAAACGCUGCAUUCCACGAGUUUGGGUUUGUGACCGUGACAACGACUGCGUGGACGGAUCCGAUGAGCCUGCCAACUGCACACAAAUGAGAUGCGGUCUGGAUGAGUUCCGGUGCAAGGAUUCUGGCCGAUGCAUCCCAGCACGUUGGAAAUGUGAUGGUGAGGAUGAUUGUGGGGAUGGUUCAGAUGAACCCAAGGAAGAAUGUGAUCAGCGGACUUGUGAACCCUACCAGUUCCGCUGCAGGAACAACCGCUGUGUUCCAGGCCGCUGGCAAUGUGACUAUGACAACGACUGUGGGGAUAACUCGGAUGAGGAGACCUGUAAGCCCAGGCCUUGCUCCGAAAGUGAGUUCUCUUGUGCCAAUGGCCGCUGCAUCGCAGGCCGUUGGAAGUGUGAUGGGGACCAUGACUGUGCCGACGGCUCUGAUGAGAAAGAAUGCAAGCCACGCUGUGAACAAGAUCAGUUCCACUGCAAGAGCGGCCACUGCAUCCCACUGCGAUGGCGCUGUGAUGCCGAUGCCGAUUGCAUGGAUGGCAGCGAUGAGGAAGACUGUGGCACAAGAGUGCGGACUUGCCCUCUUGAUGAGUUCCAGUGUAACAACACUCUGUGCAAGCCGCUGGCCUGGAAAUGUGAUGGUGAGGAUGACUGUGGUGACAAUUCUGAUGAAAAUCCCGAAGAAUGCUUGAAAUUCCAGUGUCCUCCCAACAGACCGUUCCGUUGCAAGAAUGAUCGUGUCUGUCUGUGGAUUGGCCGCCAGUGUGAUGGGAUUGACAACUGUGGCGAUGGCACCGAUGAGCAGUUCUGUGAUUCACCCACCACCAGACCCAGGAGCUGCAGCCACGAGAAGAAUGAGUUCCUGUGCACCAAUGGGAAAUGUAUCAGUGCUGAGCACCGCUGCAACUUUUUCGAUGACUGUGGAGAUGGGUCAGAUGAGGACAAUUGCUUGCAGGAUCCCAAGACGUAUGGAUGUCACACCAAUGUAACCAUGUGUGGCGAUGAAGCCAAAUGUAUCCAGAGCCCCUCAUCUGUUUACUGCACCUGUCGCAGUGGCUUUCAGAAAGUGCCAGGCAAGAAUUUCUGCCAAGACAUCAACGAGUGCCUGAACUUCAGGGUUUGCAGUCAUCUCUGCAACAACACCAAGGGCUCCUACAUGUGCACUUGUGCCAAGAACUUCCAGAAAACCCAUCAUAUGUGCAAGGCUGAAGGCUCUGAGUAUCAGAUACUUUACAUUGCUGAUGACAACAAGAUCCGCAGCAUGUAUCCCUUCAACCCGAACUCGGCCUAUGAACCCGCCUUCCAAGGCGAUGAGACUGUCCGUAUUGCUGCCAUGGAUGUGUACGUGAAGGGUAACAAGAUAUACUGGACUAACUGGCACACAGGACGCAUAUCCUGCCGUGAUCUCCCCUCCUCAGCCGGUUCCAGUGCCCCCAAUCGUAACCGGCGGCAAAUUGACGGUGGUGUCACCCAUCUAAAUAUCUCAGGGUUAAAGAUGCCACGGGGCAUUGCUGUGGAUUGGGUGGCCGGGAACAUUUAUUGGACAGACUCGGGGCGUGACGUCAUUGAAGUAGCACAGAUGAAAGGGGAGAAUCGCAAGACUCUGAUCUCGGGCAUGAUUGACGAGCCACAUGCGAUUGUAGUGGACCCACUUCGAGGCGUCAUGUACUGGUCAGACUGGGGGAACCACCCUAAAAUUGAAACAGCUGCAAUGGAUGGGACUCUGAGAGAGACGCUUGUCCAGGACAAUAUCCAGUGGCCUACUGGUCUGGCUGUUGAUUAUCACAACGAGCGUCUGUACUGGGCAGAUGCCAAGCUGUCGGUCAUUGGCAGCAUCAGGCUCAAUGGCACUGACCCAGUGGUGGCCAUCGAUAGCAAGAAAGGACUCAGCCAUCCCUUCAGCAUAGACAUUUUUGAAGACUACAUUUAUGGUGUCACUUACAUCAACAAUCGCAUCUUCAAGAUCCACAAGUUUGGCCACGGCACUGUCACCAAUCUUACCGCUGGACUAAACCAUGCCACUGAUGUGGUACUCUACCACCAGUAUAAACAGCCAGAUGUGACCAACCCAUGUGACAGGAAGAAGUGCGAAUGGCUCUGCCUCCUGAGCCCCAGUGGUCCUGUGUGUACCUGCCCCAAUGGCAGGAGGUUGGACAAUGGCAUAUGUGUGCUUGUUCCUUCACCUACUGUCUCACCUGUUGGUCCAACCACUGACACUUGCGAUCUCGUUUGCCUCAAUGGGGGCAGCUGUUUCCUCAAUGCACGCAAGCAGCCCAAGUGCCGGUGCCAGCCACGUUACAUCGGUGACAAGUGCCAGUAUGACCAGUGUGCCAGCUAUUGCCAGAAUGGAGGCACUUGUGCUGCUUCUUUAUCUGGGAUGCCAACAUGCCGCUGCCCCAAUGGCUUCACUGGGUCUCAGUGUAACAAGCCGGUGUGCAUGGAUUAUUGCCUGAACAAUGGCAGUUGUACAGUCAACCAGGGUAACCAGCCAAACUGCCGCUGCCCGGACAGUUACGUUGGUGACAAGUGCCAGUUUCGCCUUUGUUCCAACUACUGUGAAAAUAAUGGCGUGUGCCAUUUGACAGCCUCUGGGAUUCAGCAGUGUCGCUGCACAACAAAUUAUUACGGUGACCGCUGCCAGCAUGACAAGUGUGAUCGCUGCCUCAAGGGCAAAUGCUCCAUCAACAAGCAGACCGGCAAUGUCACCUGCAUCUGCCCUGAUGGCAAGAUGGCCCCCAGCUGUUUGACUUGCAACAACUACUGCAUGAAUGGGGGGACAUGCACCAUGAACGCUGAAACUUCCAUGCCAGUGUGCCAGUGUAUCUUGGAAAUGACUGGGGAGCGUUGUGAGGAAUCUGUGAACAGCAUACAACAAAGCAACCGAACUGUGUCUAUUGUCAUUCCAAUUCUGCUGCUGCUGCUCCUAAUGCUAGUGGCUGGUGCUGUGGUUUGGUACAAAAAACGGAUUAAAGGGGCCAAAGGUUUUCAGCACCAGCGCAUGACCAACGGAGCCAUGAACGUGGAGAUUGGCAAUCCCACCUACAAGAUGUACGAGGGGGACCCUGACGCAGAUGAUGUAGGGGAGCUGCUAGAUGCCGACUUCGCUCUGGACCCUGAUAAGCCCACAAACUUCACAAACCCAGUGUACGCCACACUCUACAUGGGUGCCCACAACAGCCGCAAUUCACUAGCCAGCACAGACGAAAAGCGGGAGCUGCUGUCGAGAGGGGCAGAUGAUGACCUAGGCAACCCCCUGGCAUAAGGAAUGGGGGUAAUGGGCCAUCAGCCCAAGACAGAGACCAGAUGGAAAGAGACCAGAUGGGGAGGGAGCAAGAGAUACUGUAUAAAUGUACAAAUGAAGGAUUAUUACUUUUAUAUGUGAGCAGUAUUAUUACCUGUAUAUUCCCUUUCAUCUACCAGCCGCUGAAUCUCUUGUCACUGGACUCAGGGGUGAUUGAAGUUAAGGCAAUGUAGGGAAUAGGGGAAGAACUGUAAGAAGACCCCACUUUAGGCUAAAGGGCUGGAUCUUUUUGCUUGCUGCACAAAACAAUCCACUUCUGCUUCUUCUGCAGGCAGCUUUUAGGUUGCUAGCCUUUUAAAGUUUUGCAAUACUUUCCCACCCUUCUCAGGAUGCAAUUGAUGAAUCCAGGAAGGCUUUUUUCUUGCCAGAAGUUGGAGAUGAACCAUAUUGAAAAGUGCAUGUCUGAAACUUGCAGGGAAGGGGAACAUCUUCCUUCCUUCUCGUGCACACUGAAAAUUGGUUCCGCUGAACGUGGAUCGCAAUAUGAUGCCAAUGUUGACAACUCAAUGUAGGUUUGUCGGAGAAGAGAUACCCACGACAGACACACCAGUGAUCUUUUAAUUCUGGGGCACUGGGGGGGGACACACGCACCAUGAUUUUAGUUUGCUUAUUUCCAUUUGCCCCCUUUUCCCCCUCCCUCCACAGACUGAUCCAUUUGGGAAGAAAAUGGGGAGUGGGUCAGUAGCUGCACAUCCAUCACAAACGUGGGUUGGAGAAAACCCCAGAGGAACCUGUGGAUGUGCUACUGUAUGUGAACUCAUCCCUUAGGAAAAUGUAAGGUGUUUUCCCCGAGGAACCCUCAAAAACCUUGUUCUGUUUUGUGAUUCCUCUUUCAAAACGAAACAAAAAACGAAGCCUUAUAUCAGGAUGUCUUAAGGAGCAGAUUUCUCUGCAGUGCACAGACAUGGCAAUACCUUAUCCUGGCCUGUUUCUCCUUCCCCCUUUGUGCAACAGUUCCAUUUGCUCAGUGAGCAAAAGGAGCUGACUCUUGAUUUGACCAUUUGUCAUUUAAAAAAUAAAAAAAACCAAACCAACCCUUCAACGUUUCUUUUCGGUGUUCCAUCAGGUCCUCUCAGAUCACCCGAAAGUCCACAAAAGGCCCUUUGGCUA